GCGAGCGGCCGGAUGCGGUCACCAUAGAGACGGCUGACUGACAGGCGGCGGAAGAGGAAGCCGCGGGCCGGGUCGUGAGGUGGCAGCGGCUGCAGCGGCGGACCCGGCGCCUUCGCGGCCACCGGGGUCUGUUCCCCCUUCCCGGUUCGUGCCGGUCGCCAGGCGCGUGCGGGGUGCCGCUCCCUUCCCGGCCCGCACACGGGGCCUGGGGUCCCAUCACCCUCUAACUCGGCCUCCGCCGUGCCGGACCGCGCUGCAGGGGCCUCUAGCCGUGCGGCUUGGGCGUCCCUCGGCGUCCCGCGACUCCCCGUCCGCCCGCCGCCAGCUCGGCUCGCAGAACCAACCAGCUGGACCCCCGCCCCUCCUCUGCGGCCGCGGGACGUAGGCGAUUGAUUUCUGUUUGGGGACGAGAGUUACAGACUCUGGGUCUUCCUUCCAGGGCUGGAAUUGGGCCGUGGUCGCCGAGAGGUCGAGCAGGGUUUGUUGACCCAGCCAGGGGUCCUCUCGGAAGGCAGCGAGCUCCUGCUGGCCUUCGCAGACCCCUGCGCUGCCUAACUGCUGCUCGUCUCACGGGUUGCUUUUGGUGUGUUCGGUUUGGUCUCGGGAGCCCUGGUAAAGGCAGGCAGAGAAUCGCUUGCCUACUGCAAGAGAGCCUGGUGAUUCGCCUGCUGUCUGCCCUCAGCAGCUGGGAUUUGGAGAGGAAGGCUCUGCAAAAUGGCUCCAUCAGCCAUUGCGCUCUUCUGAGAGGCCGGCAGUGCUGAGUCACCAAGUCUGUCCACCUCAUUUGGGUGGGCAGGCUUGUUUGCACCAUGCAUGGCUGCUGAUCGCAUCGUUGCGUUUGCUUGACACUCGGGAGCAGGGUGGAAGGAGGCCCUGGCUCCUUCCCUAGUGGCGACCUGUAGUGCUAGGUCAGCUGUCCGAGUCUGAGUGGGCAUUGGUGCUAGGACCAGGACGUCCUCAGGAAAGGGCAUCUGAGGCAGGGUCCUCUGGUUGGGCUGUUUGUAUGGAUCGUGUACCCCUUCUUUAUCUGCUGCAGCUGACUCUUGACUCAGGCCCAGACUGCAGAUGAGUGUGGUCCUUUCUGGGUUAGGUUUGGCCUUAUUGAGUUUUGUUUCCCUCUUUACCAGAAGACAGAUUAAGCCCAGUAGUGCUGUGAAGUCAUUCAAAUACUCAUUCCUGUUUGGGCUGAGGUGUGAAUCCAGAACCUUGAAAAUUGAAGACCAGGCAGAGGGAGUUGUGAAGACAGCAUAGUCAAUCUUCCUGGGGAUGCUGGGCCUGGAUGCCAACACACUAUACUCUCUUGCUGACCUUGUUGACCCCAGGUUCCCUGGUUAAAACUGCCAUCCUACUUCUGGCCUGGGCCCAUCCACCCAUUGAUCCUUGAGGCUGUGCCCCUUGGGGCACCCAUAUGGCAGGGCCUGCCGCCAUGCGACUGAGCUCCCUGUUGGCUUUGCUGCGACCAGCGCUGCCCCUCAUCUUAGGGCUGUCUCUGGGAUGCAGCCUGAGCCUCCUUCGGGUUUCCUGGAUCCAGGGUGAGGGGGAAGAUCCCUGUGUAGAGGCUGUUGGGGAGCCAGGAGGACCACAGAAUCCAGACUCAAAAACUCGGAUAGACCAAAGCGACGAAGACUUCAAACCCCGGAUUGUCCCUUACUACAGAGAUCCCAACAAGCCCUACAAGAAGGUGCUCAGAACUCGGUACAUCCAGACAGAGUUGGGCUCUCGUGAGCGGUUGCUGGUGGCUGUCCUGACUUCCCGAGCCACCCUGUCCACUCUGGCUGUGGCUGUUAACCGCACAGUGGCCCACCACUUCCCUCGGUUACUCUACUUCACUGGGCAGCGAGGGGCCCGGGCUCCUGCAGGAAUGCAGGUGGUGUCUCAUGGGGAUGAGCGGCCUGCCUGGCUCAUGUCAGAGACCCUGCGUCACCUUCACACACACUUUGGGGCCGACUAUGACUGGUUCUUCAUCAUGCAAGAUGACACAUAUGUGCAGGCCCCCCGCCUGGCAGCCCUGGCUGGCCACCUCAGCAUCAACCAAGAUUUGUACUUGGGCCGGGCAGAGGAGUUCAUUGGUGCAGGCGAGCAGGCCCGGUACUGCCAUGGGGGCUUUGGCUAUCUUCUGUCACGGAGUCUCCUGCUUCGCUUGCGGCCCCAUCUGGAUGGCUGCCGAGGAGACAUUCUCAGUGCCCGACCUGACGAGUGGCUUGGCCGCUGCCUCAUCGACUCUCUGGGCAUCGGCUGUGUCUCACAGCACCAGGGGCAGCAGUAUCGCUCCUUUGAACUAGCCAAGAAUAGGGACCCUGAGAAGGAGGGGAGCUUGGCGUUCCUGAAUGCCUUUGCUGUGCACCCUGUUUCUGAGGGCACCCUCAUGUAUCGGCUUCACAAACGCUUCAGUGCUCUGGAGUUGGAACGGGCGUACAGCGAAAUAGAACAACUGCAGGCUCAGAUCCGGAAUCUGACGGUGCUGACCCCUGAGGGGGAGGCAGGACUGAGCUGGCCUGUUGGGCUCCCAGCCCCUUUUACACCACACUCUCGCUUUGAGGUGCUGGGCUGGGACUACUUCACAGAGCAGCACUCCUUCUCCUGUGUAGAUGGGGCUCCCAAGUGCCCACUGCAGGGAGCUAGCAGGGCAGACGUGGGCGAUGCUGUGGACACUGCUCUGGAGCAGCUCAAUCGACGCUAUCAGCCCCGCCUGCGCUUCCAGAAGCAACGGCUUCUCAAUGGCUACCGGCGCUUUGACCCAGCUCGGGGCAUGGAGUACACCUUGGACUUGCUGUUGGAAGCUGUGACUCAGCGUGGGCAUCGGCGGGCUCUGGCCCGGAGGGUCAGCCUACUGCGGCCCCUGAGCCGGGUGGAAAUCUUGCCUAUGCCCUAUGUCACUGAGGCCACCCGAGUGCAGCUAGUGCUGCCGCUCUUGGUGGUUGAAGCUACUGCAGCCCUGGCUUUCCUUGAGGCCUUUGCAGCCAGUGUCCUGGAGCCUCGAGAGCAUGUGCUGCUCACCCUGGUACUGGUCUAUGGGCCCCGGGAAGGUGGCCGUGGGGCCCCAGACCCCUUUCUUGGGGUGAAGGCUGCAGCAGCUGAAUUAGAGCGACGGUAUCCUGGGGCGAGGCUGGCCUGGCUCGCUGUGCGAGCGGAGGCCCCUUCCCAAGUGCGGCUCAUGGACGUGGUCUCCAAGAAGCACCCCGUGGACACUCUCUUUUUCCUCACCACUGUCUGGACGAGGCCUGGGCCCGAAGUCCUCAACCGCUGCCGCAUGAAUGCCAUCUCGGGCUGGCAGGCCUUCUUUCCAGUCCACUUCCAGGAGUUCAACCCUGCUCUGUCACCACAGAGACCACCCCCGGGCCCUGCAGGGGCUGGCCCUGAUCCCCCAUCCCCUCCUGGUGCAGACCCUUCCCGGGGGGCCCCUGUUGGGGGCAGAUUUGACCGGCAGGCAUCUGCAGAGGGUUGCUUCUACAAUGCUGACUACCUGGCGACCCGCGCCCGUCUGGCUGGUGAACUGGCAGGCCAGGAAGAGGAGGAAGCCCUGGAGGGGCUGGAGGUGAUGGAUGUUUUCCUCCGGUUCUCAGGGCUCCACCUCUUUCGAGCCGUAGAGCCAGGGCUGGUGCAGAAGUUUUCUGUGCGGGACUGCAGUCCUCGGCUGAGUGAGGACCUCUACCACCGCUGCCGCCUCAGCAACCUGGAGGGUCUGGGGGGCCGUGCACAGCUGGCCAUGGCUCUGUUUGAGCAGGAGCAGGCAAACAGCACUUAGCACCCCCUCAUGGGGCCCUACCCUCCUGAUUUCUUCUGUCUGCCUUAGCCCCAGGACGGGCAAGGCAAGAUGAUGGGUGGAUGGAGGCUUGUCACUGUAUUUUUUUAUCAAGAAAAUGUUAUUAAAAAUAUCUUCUGCAAAACUGUU